AUGGUCAACCCGCCGCCCCCCUCCACCACUGGGAAGGGCGGCAGCUUCGACUCUCUGAGCCCUCAGCCGUCGGUCAUGCCUCCCUCCGGCCCCGUGACGCCCAAAAUGAUGGCCAUGCAAGCGGCCGGGAGGUCGGCGCCUCCAUUCAUCCCGCCGUUGCAGCUGCCGCCUCAUGCGCACGGCACUCCGCGGACCAUGUCUCCCUUCUUCGGCCAUCCUCCGCCGAUGCGCAGAAUGCCCAUCCCCCACUGGCAGCCGAUUGCCAUUCCGGUGCAUGGCGGCUACAUCCUCGCCACGUCUCCCCUCGACAGCCCUCGGUUCAAGGACAAACACACGCAGACGGACGUCCUCAUGAAGGCGAGGGAGCUGCUGGCGGGUCAUGAGUCGCCCGUCACGUCGGUGAUCCGGUCGCCUGCCCGUGGCGACGACAGGAGUGAGGUGCGGCAGGUCGACGAAAGUGGCGCGGGUCAGCCCUUUCUUGCAGCAAGCUUUGGAGUGCCAGACCGACAGCACGACGACCUCCCAAUAGACCACGUGAGACGCAACACACGCACACACACCCAUCCAUCCGCUGAUCCGGCGCCGUUGACCCUUUGCUCUUCCUCUGUCGAUGCAGAAGUCUCUCAUCCCUCCCCUGGACCUGGAGGCCACCCAGCCAGUCCGCCAAGAGCGCCUGCCGACAGGGGAUGACGAGGUCCCCUUCCAGCCUGGUGCGACGCCCGUCGCCCUUGCGGAUGUGAGUGGGCCGCCCGCACAGCGGCGCGUCAGAGUGAAGGCCAAGGCCAAACCAAAGGCAAGGGCAAAAGCUAGGGCCAAGGCGAAGGCCGGCAAGAAGAAGAGAAAGGUGAAAGAAAGAGAGAGACACACACACCGCGGCACAGAACAUACACGUACACUUAGUUCCUUGUCUGCAGAAGCCGUUUGUGCCCCGCGUGGCGAGUCUGAGUCUGUCGGCGAGGUAUAGCAAGGAGCUUGAGAAGCUGUCCAAGAGCCAGGAGUCGAGGAAAGACGAUAGCAAGGACAAGAGGCGGAAGAGCAGCGCCAUGAACAGGUCGCAGUCGCUCGGCGCAGUGCUCGAGGCCAAGCUGCACGAGUCGAAGAAGGGCAGCCUCACGGACAGCAGCACCAACAUCCUGGACAAGUUUCUGCCCGUCUUGGUGAGGACAACGUGCAGAGAGACAGAUGAAAGGAUGUUUCAUCAUCGGAUGUUCUCCUACUUUUUGUGUGUUGUGAAUCAGGGAAGCUCCAAGAGCGGUCCGGCAGGCAGUCUGCUGGAUGAGCUGACGCAGAGCACGUCCCCGCCGCUCGAAAAAGCACACAGGGUUGGCUUGACGCGAGUGCCGGUAGGCGAGACACACGGUGCCUGCCUGCCUGCCUGCAGUGAGAGUAUAGGCAUGUGUCUCACUCGCCUCUCCCUCCUGGCUGUCAGGUGCAUGUUGCCCUGCCGCACUUCGCCGCGGCGAGCCACGGGCAGCCUUUGGACGUGACUAGGUUUGUGACCACGGCCCUCAACCUGCUGCAGGCAUCGCAGAUCCACAACCCAUCCGCACAGACACUCACAAGUAAGAAGUACACACACAUAUACACAUGAAGCGUGCAUGUCACGGCUGUGCUUGGCAGGUCUGUUUAAUAUUCUGGAUGCGUCUGUCAAAGGUAGCUUGGGCGUGACGGAGACGCUGUGCGCCAUCGCCCUCCUCACAGAGGGACCCGCCAUGCGCAGAUUGCAGGGUAAGCUGAGGGGCACGUCCGUUGCAUUGGAUCGUGUGAUACAUGUGUGUGUGUUCUUUCAGUAGUGUUUGAGACCCUUGACUGGCGGAAGGAGGGCUCAAUCAGCCCCCACCAGUUCAGCAUAUUCAUCAAAAUGGGUGCGUGGGGUGGUGGUGAGUGAGAGUGUGCGGCGAACGAGUUACAGUGAGAAAUGUGUCUCUGUGUGUGACUGUUCGUUCCCUCCAGCCGUGAACGUGUUGAGUGUGCCCGCCACCGAUAUCCCGCCCUUCCCGAUAGCCACCAAGCUCUCUUUCCACGAAUUCACACAAAGGUAGGUAGGUGAUCGAUCGCUCCCCACCGCGCGCUCGUCCAUCCAUUCAUCAGCGUUCGUUCGUUUCUCUCUGUCCAGGCUAUCCUUCCUGUCUGUGCCCGACCACAUCAGCCAGGCCGCCCCCCUGCCCCUGCGUAUGACCACCGUGCCGCCCCAGCAGCCCGUCAUGCCACGGCCGCCGCCCACAGCACCGGCUCAGUGGCACUACACACAUGCAUAAUGGACACCUCUCUAUAAGCGGAUACUGUACCUGCCCUGUAUGUGUAUGUGUAUGUGUGUGGAUGAGAGUAGAGUCUAGUCCAGGAGAAGACUGCCUCUCUGUCUGUCGACUCCAUGCUUUGCUUGAAAAACUAGUGAGUGCAUCAAAGAAAGACCCUGAUAAACAACAAUGCACCCAGCAGGCACUCAUACAAUAACUAACGGC